AUGUACGUACUACGGAGAAUUUUCAAGACCAAACCCGGCGAAGCUCGUCGUGUAGCCAGCUUGCUGCAGAAGCAGGCGCAGGUUUACCACGACGCCGGUCAACGCAGCGAGUUCAAGGUUUAUUUCAACGGGGCCACGGUACCCGGCGAAACCGACGUGGUUAUAUUGGAAUGGACUGAUGAGGCGCUGAUGUCGCCCAUGCGCGGCGGCCACCAGCUGCCGCCGGCAGCUCUUGAGCUUGGAGGCCAGAUUCGCCCGCUGGUGGAGAGCCACCGCAUCGAGUUCAUGGAGUUGAUGACUCCGGACAAGAUGAUGGAUGUGUAG